AUUCGAAUGGCAUGGAGGGGUAUUUCCUUAAUCCGGUCGCUUGCCGUUGCGGACCUUUUAUCUCUCAGAGGAUGAUAUGCAGCGUGUCACAUUCUCGACCUCCUUUGCUUCGGUAUAUGAAAACCACUGAGAUUUUUCCCGCUUUGAAAAAAUAAAUAAAAAUAAAAAUUAAACCUCCACAACAAAUUUCUAUCGAAGAAAAAGAAGAGAAAGAAACAUCUGUUUAUCCGUUUCAGCGUCAGAGGACGUUGGCACUAAGAGCUAAUUACGGUGUCGUUUUCUAGAUUUUUGAGCUUUCUUUUUGAACUGAAAUGGUAUAAUUAGCUAUUUAGCGUCAGACUCUUUCACUGUAAAACUUGUGAUUCAGCAAUGGCUAUCGGCGGUCUGAUUUCCAAUCGGAAUUUCGGUUCUUUUAUCUGUUCAGGUAAAGUAUGUGGAGGGGAGCAAGCCAUCUUGCUUCACAAGGGAGAGAGAUCAGCUGUUGCUGUUGUGCAUGGGAACAUGUUUUAUCGAAAGUUAUGGAGUCAAACAAUAAAUGGAUUUGUAUCUGGAUGCUCAUAUGGCCCAUCUCUUCGGACUACUGUUUAUUUAGAUGAAAAGACUUUGAAACCUAUGUCAGUUUCUCCUAAUGGCAGACAACUUAUUUCUUCAAUGUCACUGCGCCAUUGUGAGAAGUCUCACAGAGUUUAUCCUCAACAAGGAAGUAGAGGAAGUUUGGGAUGCUAUUCUUUUUCAAGUCCCUUGCCCGGAGGUUGGCUUGAGCCAGGUGACAAGGAUAGAAUAGGAAAAAACAGUACUUGUGCUUACUAUAAAUCUGAGGAGUAUGACAUAACAGAAGCGAAGGUGGACUCUUUGCCUUCUCCAGAUGGAACCAAUGAAGCUGUUCUGGUUGAAAGAGAUAUGCAGGAAGCAGUCCCUUGGUGGCAAAAUUUUCCAAAGCGCUGGGUUAUUGUACUGCUCUGUUUUGCAGCAUUUCUCUUAUGCAACAUGGACCGUGUCAACAUGAGCAUUGCAAUACUUCCUAUGUCAAAAGAGUUUAACUGGAACAGUGCAACGGUUGGUUUGAUUCAGUCGUCUUUUUUCUGGGGCUACCUGCUCACUCAGAUUCUAGGAGGCAUAUGGGCAGAUAAAUUUGGUGGAAAGCUUGUCCUGGGUUUUGGAGUUAUCUGGUGGUCAGUAGCUACAAUUUUGACACCUAUUGCUGCCAGAAUUGGACUUCCAUUUUUGCUUAUUAUGCGUGCUUUUAUGGGAAUUGGCGAGGGUGUGGCUAUGCCAGCAAUGAACAACCUACUUUCUAAGUGGAUUCCAGUGUCAGAGAGAAGUAGAUCACUUGCACUUGUAUACAGCGGCAUGUAUCUUGGUUCUGUUACUGGGCUGGCUUUAUCUCCUAUCUUAAUCCACAAGUUUGGGUGGCCCUCUGUAUUCUUCUCAUUUGGCUCCCUUGGAAGCAUCUGGUUUGCAUUAUGGCUGAGAAAAGCAUAUAGCUCCCCUAAGGAAGACCCAGAGCUUAGUAAAGAAGAAAAGAAACUGAUCAUGGGAGGCAGCAUAUCAAAGGAACCUGUUAAGGUCAUUCCAUGGCGAUUAAUAUUAUCGAAAGCCCCUGUUUGGGCUCUCAUAAUCUCUCACUUCUGCCAUAAUUGGGGAACUUUUAUUCUCUUGACAUGGAUGCCUACAUACUAUAAUCAGCCAUGGUGGUUCUCACAGGUUUUGAAGUUCAACCUCACUGAAUCUGGACUCCUCUGUGUAUUGCCGUGGUUGACUAUGGCUGCCUUUGCAAAUAUAGGAGGAUGGAUCGCAGACACACUUGUGAGCAAAGGUCUUUCCAUAACAGCAGUUCGUAAGAUCAUGCAAUCCAUAGGUUUUCUUGGACCGGCCUUCUUCCUUACACAGCUAAGCCAUGUCAGGACACCUGCUUUGGCGGUGCUUUGCAUGGCAUGUAGUCAGGGAUCUGAUGCAUUCUCUCAGUCUGGUCUUUAUUCCAACCACCAAGACAUUGGCCCACGUUAUGCUGGAGUUCUAUUAGGACUGUCAAACACAGCCGGAGUGCUGGCUGGUGUUUUUGGUACAGCUGCUACUGGCUACAUACUCCAACGAGGCUCCUGGGAUGAUGUGUUUAAGGUGUCGGUUGCCUUAUACAUCAUAGGCACAUUAGUCUGGAACUUAUUUUCAACUGGAGAGAAGGUUCUCGACUAGGAAAAUAUUAUACAAGGAAAGAAUGUAAUCCUACAUAACUAAAAGAGGACGACCUUCAAAAGCAAUAGGAGCAGGCAUUCCAAGGUGAGUGAAAGAAACCCAGCUGAAUGCCACGCCCAUGAUUAAAAUCUUUUUACCAACUUGUAAGUUGUUAAAAGGCCCCGUGCACUUCAAACAAACAUUUGAGUUGGCCGGAAAAAUGUUUUAUGGCCAAAAGUUCCUUCUUUUAGUUCAUUUAAGUGUUUCUAGUGUAUGAUUUUAUGGGUAAUAUUUUGUAGCAGCCCAUGAAACAUCUUUGCCCAUAAAAUGCUUAGUUGCUCACGGAUCAUAAUUCAUAUAUCAAACUUCCUAAAGCAGCCAAACGAACUUCAAGUUUGUUCCAUACAUGCUACUGCUGACUGUGCUUUGAAGUACAACCAUGUUUUGGCUGAUGAUCCAAAUCUAUUGCCCGGCGCUAAAUCCGGCAGUAUAGCUCGAUAACACGGUGGGCCUUAUGGCAUUGUAGGAGAGGCAGAAGUCAUUCUCAGCAAUCCUCAAAUGUAUCAUUGAUGUCAUAAUUAGAAGUUGGUGCAUCCAUUUAUGACACUGCUUUCAUGUAGCACUUGUACUUUUCGUCGGGAAGCAUUUGGGCCACGCUUCAAGCGAAGACGUGGGCCUGUUAUGGCCUAUAAACGGAUAAUGCUGUCACCCUAGUUCAAAAAAAAAAAAAAAGCGAGAAAAAGGAAAGCAAUGAACAAUGAUGUAUGAAUUCAAUCAUCAGUCAAUAAUAUAUAUAUUCAAAGUAUUAAACUUAAUUAUUUCAUUGAAUCAAGAUUCGCAUGAUCAAUUUUGUCAUCACAGAAGCUUACACAAAAUAUCAAUUAUAAUAAUACUGAAAACAAAAACCAACUCUAGACAUAUUAUAAACAGACAAGAAGAUAAAAGAAUUUAAUAGA